UUAACUCCUCAGAAAAAGCAACGCACACCUAAAAAAAUCUCUAGACCCAUUGAGAAAUUGAAGAAAAGCACCACUCCUUCCAAAGGAGCUGACGAUACUCCAAAGGCGGCAAAAAUUAUCUCAACUAAAGCGAAAAUGGAGCUCCAUAAAGAAAGCGAACGUCUUUACCGAUCAGCUGAUAUGAGGCUACAUGUGAAUAGUCUGCCUAAAAAAUCCAUGGCAUCGUUUUUGGAAAAAAUGCAAUCAGCGAAGAAAUCAGCAAGUGAACAGAAACUUGAUGAAGGAGAAGGGUCUAUACACAAGUGCUGAAGAGUUGGCUCGCAAACAUCUCGAUCGAGAAAAAGAAGCGCAAAGCAUCCAUGAGGAAGUGGAGCGCAUGCAAGCCAAAACGUUAAAACCGAAUGCAAAGAAUUACACUGAUCAGUCGGGCGGUGAAGACUCUGAUGCAGACGACUCUUACGGCAGCGAAAAGGAAGACUGGGAAGACGACAGUGGUUCUGACAAAGACCAAUUUGCUGACAGUGAGGACGAUGAGAUUGAAAUUGAUCAUGCAAAUGUACCUGCAAGUCCAGCACCUGCUCGUAAGAAUCGAAGAAUAGCCGUUAUCUCUGACGAUGAAUCUGAUGAGGACGUAACUCCGACACGUGAAGCAUCAUCAUCUCCCAUACAGUCCGUCCAAUACAAUGAUGUCCAGAAACCAUCCAUCCCUCGUCAGCCUAUCCGGUCAAAGGCAGUCUUUAAGAAGAAUGACUUUGUAGAAAACGAAGCUGAGGAAGAAGAAGACGAGUACAUGGGGUUAGGCGGUGUUGAUGGUGAGGAUGAUGGCCCGGAUGAGUAUGUCGAAGACGAUGUUGUCGUGCACGCCAACGAUGAGGAGUUGGAUGAAGCACAACUUCGUCAAGCUUACAACAACCAAGUAGCGGACAGCGAUCAAAAUAUGAUCCAGCGUUUGAUCAAGGAUGUCGUUAGUGGUGGCCUACGAAGGCGACGUGGUGCUAUGAACGAUGGUUAUGAAUUGGAUUAUUAUGACACUUUUGAUGACAUGGAUGACAAUCUUGUGGCAUUGCGACGAGCAGCUGCAGCGAAACGACGAAAACUAUUGAAUGGCAACAUUCUACAGGCUAUUGCGGAGAACCCACAAACCGCUGCGUUCGCUAAAGCAUCCAAGGUUGAUAUUGAUGAGGAUGAAAAACCCAGCUUCAGCGACGGUGAAGAGGAAGAAAGUCAGCCUAUUCCCGUAAAUGACGAUGGUCAGGAUGAUGAGGACGAAAGCGAUGAUGAGCAUCAAGUUUCUACAUUCUCAGAAACGCUCGCAGCUAUGAAGCAAUCUUCCAUCAACGAGGAGGUAGAGACUGUCAUGGAGGAAGUCUCCGUAUUCACAGAAGAACCAAUUUCAAACGAUGUAGAAGAGGACACAUGGUCAAGUGUAACGGUAUCGCAUAGGAAGGUGACCAAAAAGCAAUUCACAUCCCCGCUGCAAACCAACCGAGUUCGUUCUUCGCCAUUGUUUCGCUCUCCCGGAAAACUACAAAAAUUCAAGACGUUACUCCAGGAGGCUGGUGGCUCUAUUGGCGGAUCAAGUGAGACGGGUUCUCAUGUUGGAUUCAGUGCGCCAUCGAGAGCAAAAGAAGAUCGGUCAGCUAGUGUUUCAUCUCAAAGAAGCAACAGUUCCUCCACGUCUGCGUCACAAGAAAGUUAUACUACUUUAUCAAGAAAGAACUCUCGUUUACUUGAUAUUUUAAGCUCUCAAGAGUCCAGUAUCGCUUAAUGAUUAAAUAGCCAGCCUUUUUUUUGUACAUAAAAUUGUAGUGAGAACCAACUGCACCAAUAACGAGCACACACGUG